AUGGACAUCAAGCCUGAUGGCUAUGUGGAGCUCCAAGAUUCCCCACAGAUUGAGGUCAAAGAGUUCUUAGAGAACGUCAUAAAAGAUUUCGACAAGAGGGUGGAAACAAUCAGCGUAAACUCAGUGAUUACAAGCAUGCUGGUUUCCAAGUCUAGCAAAUUCUUACUUGUAGGAACUAGAAAAGGACUGGUCCAAGUCUAUAAGUUAAAUAGCAAAGAAAAUUAUCCUUUUCAAGGCCAUGUCGGAAAAAUCAACUGCUUAUGCAACCUAAGUGACAGUAUGGUCGCCAGUGGUGGAGAGGACAAUAAAAUCAUUUUGUGGAACUUCGAGACAAGAAGGAGGGUCAAAAUCAUCGCUGCUGAUGAUAAAGUAUUUGCAAUUGCAGCAGACGAAGACAAGAAAAUAGUGAUUUCGGGAGGAGGAGCUGUGAGAAUUUGGAGCAGCGAAACUGGAGAACUUGUAAAAGAAAUUAAAGAUCAUAAAGGACAUAUUAAAGGGAUUUCCUUUGCGAAGAAAGGAGAUAUUUUUGUGACUGCAGCUUCUGAUAACAAAAUUUUUAUUUAUUCUGCAAAUAGCCCAUAUGAUAAAGUUUCUGAAAUCGUCCAAGAUUCAAGCUUAGGAAGUUUUGCCUACUGUCCUUCAAAUGAGCUUAAUAACAGAGAAGAAAAGCCUAUACUUGCGUCUACUGGAGAAGACCGAAUUAUUCGACUGUGGAAUCUUUCUGAUGGAAGCCAUAAUAGACUUGAAAAAAUGAAAAGCAGCAUAAUUGCUAUCUGCAAUAUAGAAAAUUCCAAUUAUAUGGCAACUGCAUGCGAAGAAGACGGGAUAGGAAUGCUUUAUAUUUGGGAUUCGAACACAGGGAACUGUGAGACUUACCUAAAACUGAAUUCUGUUCCAAAGGUUUUGUGCUCUUCUAGCGACGGAAAGUACAUUUACUCAGGAAGUAUCGACAAAACGAUCGAAAGAAUCAGACUUGUUGAAGACCCUAAAAGAAAAGAUGGGAUUGUCACUCAUGACGACACAAUCAAUGGCCUGCUCAUUACACCAGAUAAUUCAAGUAUUUUUACUAUUGGAGAAGACAAUUCUCUAAAAAUGCACAGUCUCCAGUCAAACAUCACAAUUGAGCUACGUAGAUAUGAAGGGAGGCCUAAAUGUAUUGCAAUUAAUAAGCUAGGCACUCUAAUGGCAGUUGGAAAUGAAUAUUCUACUAUCAAGAUUUGGAACACCCAAACUCAAAAAGAAGUCAGAAGUCUAGCCAUGCACCACUGGGCGGUCACUUCUGUUGAUUUUUCAAGAGAUAACACCAAACUUGCGUCAGUUGCGAAUGAUGCGACUAAAUCAGAAGGAGAACUUCUGAUAUGGGAUCUGGCAAGUUUUACACCAAUAAAAUACGCAACUUCUACAAAAGAAAUCCGCUGUGUUUCUUUUGCAAAUUCCAAUUUUGUAGUCCAAGCGACUGCAGACACUCUUCAUGUGGUAAGCUGCACUGCAGCAGAGCAUAAGGAGCUUAAAGGAUUUACUCAGAAUAUCAGCCACCUGGUAUUAAGCCACAAUCAGAAAUUAUUAAUUUCGUUAGGAGGAAAUGGGAUGAUUGAUAUCUGGGAUCUUGAAUUUUUCACGCUUAUUGCCUCUUUGACUGCUUUGGAAGAGACUCAAGAAAUUGGAGAGAUGGGGAAUCAAAUGAUUGCAGGGCUUAGAGACUCAAUCAGACCGAAGCAGAAAAGAAAUAUCCAGAGAGUGCCUCUUCUGGUGAGUGGGUGUCUAACUGACUCUGAUGAAUAUUUGAUUGUAGGGACUAGAUAUGAGGAACUGCAGUUUUGGUCAAUGAGAGAUAAAGCAAUGCUGGGGACUGUAAAGCUAGGUAAUAAUAAUUUUAAUGUAGGUUCUUUCUUCAGCAAGAUGAUUUAGGUAUGAUGGGCUUUUAAUUGGUGACGUCAGCAGCAUCUAUUCUAGUAAGAAUUCUAGAAGAGGCAACAAAAAGGGCCAAGAAUUAUUCACGGGCCGCGUUUGGACUCACCCGAACCUGAAUCCAGUGCAUGCUUCGCCUAUGUGCGUGAGGCAGUGAAAAUUACACGUAUCCCUCUUCCUCAGGCCAUCGAAUUUACCCUAUACGGUAAUUCCAUAUUGUCAUUAUGGAUAAAGACCCACACGUGAAAACUUAACCCCAUAAUAAUCAAUAUCAAGAGGAGGAAGGGUUGUCAGAGACAACCACUUCCGUAUAGCCAUUUUAUUAUGCAAAGCUAGGUACAGCAAUAAAGCAUGUAGCAUUGGAUCCUAUCAGUGAAUAUAUAUACGUUACAAGCGAAAACCAAGUGAUCAGCUUAAAAAACCCUGCUACCACAAAAGGAAAUGAUGUAAGUGUCUUUGGGCCAAACAUCUAUUCAGUCUUCUAUGUAGCUUUCUUUAAAAGGGUUUGGUCUGGCGAUUUCCAAGGCAGCUACCCAACCCACUUGAACGAUUGGAUAAUUCUUCCAUGGUGCGUCAAUAUCAUGCAUCUUUUUGCUUAUAUAGUCGAUAUACAGCUGGUCAACUUAUCAUUCAAAGGGAAAUGCAAGUUUUUAACAACUACAAGCGGAAUAAGUCCUCUCAGCAUUGCUUUGGAAACUCAAAACAAAGAACUUGUCGAUUUGAUUAUCAAGAAAAUCGCAAAAAUAAUCCCAAGGGACUCGUUUGUACUGACUCGUCUAGAAAAUGAUCUCCCUAGUCUCAUAAAUAUGACAUCUCGCCCAGGUAUCUAUACUGGCAAUGCAGCCUCGAGCACUUAUUUAUUUAUAUCCGGCAAGGUUCUGCCAGCUAGGUAAGCAAUUCUGGUAAUGCAUAGAGCCUAGCCGUAGUUCGCUUUUAGGAUUGGAUUUUACCUCGAGAUUGAGGUCCAGAGUUGGAAGGGAAAGCCCAGCAUCAUCUUCAGGUGAUACCUAGACCAUCUGAGUAACUUCCUAGCGUGAACGCCUCGGGCUUUGAAUUUCCUUUUUGCAGAGAGUCCACCAGAAAUUCCUUUUUUGGUGGAUAACCUUCGAUCAACCCAAGCAGAAAGCCGCAGAAGUAUAUAGCUUUCCCACUAAAUACUAGAGCCGACUAGGCAAGAGGAAUCAGAGACUGAUACUACUUCAUUGGUAUCAUAGCAUCAAGCCAUGAAGAAGAGAAAAGGUGGUGUUCAAGCUAACUUGCUAAGCAAAUUCAUCAUCCCAACUCAAAAAAGUUCUCCUGGAGAAUUCGCAAAGAGUGUGAAUCCCUAUUGUGAUCCUUGGUAACAGCGCUACAUUAAGGCAAACCGCCAAACCUAUAAUAAGUUUAUAUCUCCCUAGUCUCAAUGAGCUAUCAACCCCAAGUCUUUCAAAUCUUUAUAAAUACGCCUUUCUGAGGUCUAAGCAGCCUGGACUGAAGUACUUUGGAAUUUUGAAGUCAGACGAAAGCCACGUCUAUCCAUCUGUCAGCUACAAUAUAGACUGCAACAACUUUUUAGACAAGACCAAUGCUAAGAAAAGCGAAGAGUUCCUCAUAUACAGAGUCAGCUCUUUCAGAGUUAACCUGACUAUGGGAAACGUAGAAGGGAUCCGAUUUUUAAGCAGCCUCAUCGCAUGCACAGAUCCAAGUGUUUUUGAAGCGCCAAUCAUCCAUACUUAUAUCAUUACAAAGUGGCAGCAAAUUCAGUCCUUAAUGCUAGGUCACGCAACUUUGUAUCUGAUUUUCCUCAUGAUAUUGAUAUAUUACACGCUGAUUGCGGCUGAUAAGUCAACCGAAACUUGGAGUCUGAUUUUAUUAGGCCUCAUUAAUACUGUUUUUUUGCUAAUAGAAGGAAUUGAGAUGUCUAUGGGGUUCCAACACUUUAUUAAUGACAUGUGGAAUUGGUCAGAUCUUGCAAGGAUAUUUUUAGUAUUUAUUUAUCUUAUUGAAGCACCUCUUUGGGGAGGGGAAUUUUCUAGAAUCUUGCUGGCUCUAAUUCUAGUUUUUUCAUUCCAAAGAGGACUGGGAUUUUUCAGGGUAUUUAAGCAGACACGUUAUAUGAUUAGUAUGAUUUCAGAAAUCGUCUCAGAUAUGGUGCCAUUCGGGAUUGUCCUGCUAUUUUCAAUCCUUGCAUUCACCUUUAUGUUUAUUGUACUCAGCGGAAUUUCUGAAGCGAAAGGUUUUGAAGAGUCAUUGAUGAAUUCUUAUUUGUUAGUUUUCAAUGCAUUUAACACUGAUGGGUACUCAGAUAUCGAAUGGAUAAGCUUUUAUGUGGCAACUAUUGUGAACCCACUUAUGAUGUUCAAUCUCCUUGUCGCAAUCAUGGGUGAUACUUAUGAAAGAGUCAACGACGAAAUGGUUGUCGCUGAUAUUCAAGCUAUGGUCUCAAUGAUCAUUGAAUAUGAAACUAUGGUCUUCUGGAGAAGGAACUCAGGCCAAAGAAUGUACCUCCAGCUUUGCACAAAUGUAGACCAAGACGAAUUUGCCUUGGACUUAGGCCUUGAAAAGAAAGUGCAAACCUUUAUAAAAGAACUUACUUCUGUGAACACAAAAUUGACAUCUAUAAAUGAAAGCAGCAAGACAACGCAAGAUUUACUUGGAAAAAAAAUCGCUGAUAUCAGCAAUGAAGGGGUCGAAACAUUAAGUGGGAUUGAAAUUGAAAUUAAAAGCUUCAAAGAAAAGUUUGCAGACAAACUUAAAGCUUUAGAAGAAAAGGUAAAAAAUAAAUAA